GCUUUCACUUUCAGAUAGUUGUUUGCUAGCGUGUAACAAAUACAGGUGGUUUUUAUACCUUCAUCUUGCGUCCUGCAGCCUUGCUGAACUGGUUUGUUAGUUCUGGUUUUUUUAAUGGGUUCUUUGGAAUUUUUCAUGUCAAAGAGUACGUUAUUUGCGAAUAGACAGUUUCACUUGCUCCUUUCCAACCAGGGUUCCCUUCUCUCGUCGCCUUGCCGACGCCUGGCUGGGACGCCCGGUGCACCAUGAGCCAGGCUGAGGGCAGCGUCCAGCCCGAUUCCUGAAAUUAGGGAGCAGCCGGUCUGCUGGCGCCGAGUUUGAUGGCAGCUGUGGGACUGUGGACACCUUCAGCAGGGGAAUGCCCGUCUGUUCUGGUUUAUGCGGUCUUUCCUAUCUUUAUUUCCAAUCAUGAGAGGGCACUGGAUUUGGUUUUUCAGUUUUUCUUGAGAUCUGUGGUUUUGUCCUGUUGCUACGAUACCUGGUGCUGCUCUCACAUGUCGAGACAUCCUUGCCUUCUCGGGAGGCUCCCACUUGAGUUUGGUGUAGGUUCUUUUCUCCCGGUGUUGGAUUCAGUUUGCUGGUAUUUUAUUAAGGAUUUUAUUGUAUUUUGCAUUUAUAUGUGGAAGGGGUAUUGUUCUAUAGUCUUUUGUGAUGCUUUGGGGUUUUUUUGGCUUUGGUUUUGGCUCUUUUGUUGUUGUUGUUGUUAGGAUGAUUUUGACCUUGCAGGAUGGGCUUGGAAAUGUUCCCUCCUUUAUUUUUUGGGUGGGCCUUAAUUUUAAACAUAUUUUAUGUCAAUAGAAGCCUUUAUUUCUAAGGGAAGUAUAUCUUCUGUCUUCUCAUGAAUUGACAUUUUGCUCUCUUUAAAAAUAUUAUUUUAAAACUUCAAAAAACACACCUUUAUUAUUUCUGUGUUUUGUGAAAUUAUAAAAAGCUUUUAAUACGCACAAUGAAAACCAAUGGCCCAGUCUUUUUAAUGGCUAGCCUGCCGUGAAAUGGUUGAGAAAUGAAUAUUCAUUAUUAUUCAUACACACCACCAAGUUCACCGGUGUAAACUGCACAAUUCAGUGGCUUUUGCUGUAUUCAAAGCGUUGAGCAGCCGUCACUAUGAUCAGUUUCAGAACAUGCUCGUCCCCCAGAUGGAGCCCUGCACCUGUGCGGCCCUCCUAGCCCCUGGCACCACCCGCCUACUUCCCGCCCCUGUGGGUCUGCUCUUCUGGAUGUUUCUCAUCACUGGGCCCCUACGGGGGGCGGGGGGCUUCUGUUUCUGGCUUAUGUCGUGGUGUUUUCAGGGUUCACUCACCUUGGGGCGCAUUGGCGACCGUCUGUGAUUUAUGUGCUGUUAAGCAGCCCUCAGAGGAGCUGGAGAGCUUGGGUGUGGAGGAGUCUUUGUGGGGGCAGAGCGUGGCCGGGAGGUGUCCCCAGUGUUACAGGACGGAGGGGGAGGAGGCGGGCGGGCCUGGCCCCCAGGGCCCCCAGGGCGUGUUCCGGGUUUUGGGUGUGGGAAGAGGGCUUUAUAGUUUUCACGAGCGUCCCAGAGGGUGCCCCAAACCACAUGUAGAGUCUUCUGCCAAACCGUUUUAUUCAAUUUUAGGGGGUUUUUUUGGCUUUUGUUUUUGUAAAACUAUGUGAUAACAUAGUUGCUUGAAAAAAUUAAUACAAAGUGUCUUCUAAGUGAAACCAGUAACUGUCCUUCACGAUGCACCUCAGGGUGUGUCUUUAAGCGACAUGGUCCUUUCGGUGCAUUUCCGCUGUGGAUGGUUAACUUGAUCUGGACUGUUGGGGUCUUUCUCUGGCCACAGAGGCCAGGCCUCUCAGAGUUAUGUAAGGCCAGUUUCAUCUUUUCUAAUGGAAAUAAGCUGUCGGUCCCUCGGUUUGUUACUUUGCUCAUCUGGAAAAUGGAUAAGUGAGGGUCCCAGUUUCUCCACGGGGCUCAAGCACUGACUGGGACGAUGCGGGAAAGGGCAGGUCUGAGCUGCACAUGUGGCGGCUGGAGGAGCUUGGCUGGAAGCCGGCAGGGUCUGCCUGCUGGCCUGUAGCGGGCUCCCUGCCCAGCCUGCCCUGUCCUGUCCUGCCCUGUCCUGCUCGGUCCUGUCCUGCCCUACCCUGCCCUGUCCUGUCUUGUCCUGCCCUGUCCUGCCCUGUACUGCCCUGUCCUGCCUUGUCCUGCCCUGCCCAGUCGUGUCCUGUCCUGUCCUGCCUUGUCCUGUCCUGUCCUGUCCUGUCCUGUCCUGUCCUGCCUGGUCCUGUCCUGCCUUGUCCUGCCCUGUCCUGUCCUGCCCUGUCCUGCCUGGUCCUGUCCUGUCUUGUCCUGUCCUGCCCGGUCCUGCCCUCCUGUCCUGCCCAGUCGUGUCCUAUCCUGUCCUGCCUUGUCCUGCCCUGCCCAGUUGUGUCCUUUCCUGCCGUGCCCUGCCCUGCCCUGUCCUGCCUUGUCCUGCCCUGCCCAGUCGUGUCCUGUCCUGUCCUGCCCUGUCCUGUCUUGUCCUGCCCUGCCCAGUCGUGUCCUGUGCUGUCCUGCCUGGUCCUGCCCUGUCCUGUCCUGCCCUGUCCUGCCCUGUCCUGCCUUGUCCUGCCUGGUCCUGUCCUGCCUUGUCCUGCUCUGUCCUGCCCUGUCCUGUCCUGCUCAGUCCUGCCCAUCGUCUCCAUCCCACCCCAGCCCUCCUCCCCUGUGAGUGGCCCCAAUGCUCUCCAUGCCUCAGCUGUCUUCAGCAUACUUCUCAGUCCAUGGACUGGUUUCUUUGGGUGAUCUGCCAUCUGCCCCACAGAGACUCGGGUCCUGGAUGUGGGGCAGGGAGCGGUGCCUGGCUGGCGGGCUCUCCAGCACCUCCACAGUGGAGGGAUCUCACGAGGGAGUUGUUUCCACCUGGUGAGGUUGGGCUUGGAGGCCAGAGGGCCUCCCAGGACUUGGGCUGCACGGUGCUGGGUGUGUGCGUUCACAUGCGCAGCGCACUGUGUUGCGGGAAUGUGUUGAGAUGGAGGGACCAGAACUCGGGCUGUGAAUCGUCCUCACGUUUGUGUCCUCGUCCCAGGUCCCUCCUCUGUCCCCUGGUGCUCACCUUGGGCCUGGCAAAAGCUUAAUGGUUCUCAGAAAGGAAGGGGACCCUGCAGUGUGGCUCCACCAUCUGAGGGGUCGCACCGGCCGAGAGCAUGUCGAGGGGGUGUGUCGAGGUCUCUGCCCCAGGAUAUGUGGGUGAUGUCUCUUCGGUUUUCUCGGUCACCCUCAGCGGGAAUUGGAGCUGCAGCACCAGCGAGACGAGCACAAGAUCCAGCAGCUGCAGCGGACACUGAGGGAGCAGCAGGCAGGGGCGCGGCCCUGCCCCACGGAGGCGGCGGGGAUGGCCGAGACUGAGGCGGAGGCCGAGCGCCUGCGGGAGCAGCAGCUGGGCCUGGAGAAGGUGCGGCAGCAGCUGCUCUGCGCGGCUGGGCUCCUGACCAGCUUCAUCAACCAGAUGGUGGACAGGACCAUCAGUGACUGGACGUCGUCGAACGAGAAGGCGGUGGCGUCUUUGCUGCACACGCUGGAGACACUGAAGUCUGAACUGGGUGCAUCCAGCUCCUGCCGGAAGAAAACAGCGGCAGAGCUGCAGGUCCAGCUGGUGGACGUCCUGCUGAAGGACAAUGAGUCCCUGACCAGAGCUCUCAGCGCGGUGACCCGGGAGAAGGCAGAGCUGCACCGGGCACUGUCCCAGCUGGAGAGGCCCCCCCGGGGCUGUGCGCGCAAGAGGUCAGACAGGUCUGUGUGGAGGCAGGACAGGACAGUCUCGCCCAGCUCAGCACGACCCCCAGACCCAGCUCUGCCCACGCCGGAAGUAGCCAAGAUGGAAAAAUUGUACCUGCGCUAUCUGCGAGCAGAGAGCUUUAGGAAAGCCCUGAUCUAUCAGAAGAAGUACCUCCUGCUGCUGAUCGGCGGGUUCCAGGACUCUGAGCAAGAGACGCUGUCCAUGAUCGCUCACUUGGGAGUGUUUCCUUCCAAAGCGGAGAAGGGUGCUGUGGCAUCCCGCCCGCUCACGAAGUUCCGCACGGCCGUCCGGGUGGUGAUCGCAGUCCUCAGGUUGCGCUUUUUGGUUAAGAAAUGGCAACAAGUAGACGGGAGAGGAGCCGUGGUGCCUGGUUGGGCGCGCACAGGACCCCCAGUGCCGCAGCGGCAGCAGUCCUCACCCGACGCCAGCGAGUCCCCACCGACCCGGGACGUGUCCUCCAGCCACGCCAGGGACCCUGUGGCAAAAGCCUCCCCACGCAGAAGGGAAAGAUCAGAAAGAUCCCUGACUGCUUCUCAAGAUCCGGAACAUUCCUUGACGGAAUAUAUUCAUCAUUUAGAAAUGAUCCAGCAAAGACUAGAAGGCGUCCCACCAGAUUCUACUUCAAAGAAACCCUGCUACCAGAAGACGAAACAGUGAAUAAAAUCCUUGUGGCUCCGACCUGUGAUCAUUCUAUUUGAGGAGAAGAUUUGAUUUUCUGAGGAACGCUCAUGUGUGGCACAUGUCCGAGGCGCCAGCCCCUAGGUGUCCUCAUCUUCAUGCUGCUACAAAGCCAAAUGGAGUAUUUUCUAUGUAAUUUCAGUGCGUUUUAGCUUCUUGACUUGGAGGGGUUGCCACGUGCUCAUGAGUGACAGGCAGCUGGCCGGUUCUGUGUCGGCAGAGCCACCCUGGCCACCUCCAUGGAGGGUGAGCAGGGGGUGGCUUCCUGAUGUUUAUUUUCUUAAAAGUGCACUGGUGGAAACUUGGUUUAAGAACAAAAACAUAAACAAAAAGAGAUAAUAAAAUCAAAGCCUUCUUGUGUUUGUGAAUA